UUGGGGGUGGAGUGGCCCGGCUGCUCUUCCUGACUCCAGGUCCUGGUGGGGGCCAGUUUCUCUCUCUCUCUCUCUCUGCUGACCCCAAGGGCAGGUUCCCACCUGUGAAGGGUGGGGGGUAGGGGGUGCUCAGGGCCUUCUCCCUGUCUCUGUGGCUGUGUCCUGGCACCCUCUUGCCUCAGAGUGGGGCCCCUCCACUGCCUGCACCCCACUUCCUGGCUUCCUGUGGCGCAGCACCCCUGCAGGCCGGGCCCCUCUGUGUUCCUGUGUCCCCCAGAGCCAAGUGGCCCAGUGGAGCCGAAGUCGAGGUUCAGCCCGAAAAGAAUGGAAGGGGUUCACAAGAGCAAAUACGGAACCAUGAUCGAAGGCACUGCAGAAGAUAACCAGUUGGCAGCUUCAUCCUCACUAAGAAUCAUCGUGGUGGGAAAAUCUGGCAGUGGGAAAAGCUCCACCGGGAACACCAUCCUCCAGCGGCCAGAGUUCGAGUCCCGGCUGUCCGCCCAACCUGUCACCACCAAGUGCCAGAAGGCCAUUGGCAGCUGGAAUGGCAGGAGCAUCCUGGUGGUUGACACGCCCCCCAUCUUUGAGGCCCAGCCCCCCACCCAGGACACCUACAGGGACAUAGGGGACUGCUACCUGCUCUCAGCCCCAGGGCCCCACGUGCUGCUGCUAGUCACCCAGCUGGGCCGCUUCACUGCCCAGGACUCAGAGGCCGUGAGGAGGGUCCAGGAGGUCUUUGGGGAGGGGACCCUGAAGCACAUGGUGCUCCUCUUCACCCACGUGGAGGACCUGGGGGCUGAGUCUCUGCAGGACUAUGUGGCGGGCACAGACAACCUCAGGCUGCGCAGACUGGUGCAGGAGUGCGGGGGGAGGUACUAUGGCUUCAACAACAGGGCCAGCAGAGAGGAGCAGAGGGCGCAGCUGGAGGGGUUCAUGGCUGUGCUGGAGAGCCAGGAGAGGGAGCUCGAGGGCACCUUCCUCAGCAACCAGCUCUACUGGGAUGCCCAGAUGUUGCUGCAGAGUGGGGGCAGUCCCGGCACAGAGGAGCGCAGGCGCUACCUGGCCGCGGUGCAGAGGCAGGUGGAGCAGCAGAGGCAGCACCUGCAAGAGGGGUGCAGCUGCCUCAGGAGGGCGCUGCUCAGAGCCAUGAGGUGGGUGGCUCUCCACCCGGGCUUGUCUGUGGCUCUCAGCAUAGGCUCUCUGGUCCUUCUUGUCAUUAUAAUCACCUUCAGUGCUAACCGCGGCUGAUGAGCCUCUUCAGCCUUCUGCAUCCUCUUCUUCCUCUCUUUUGAAAGUCAAUAACAUCUCUGUCUCUGAUUGGCAUUCGAUUUGCUUUCUUCAUUUUUCAUUUCAUUCUUCAUUUUUCCUUCCAUAGUUUUAAUUUCUCCUCCUUGCACUGGAUGUUCCUUCCAGUGUGUUCAGGUCAAUAAAAUCCAAAGGGAAAUGAAA